GAAAAGAACAUCAGCCGUCUGCAGCAGUGAAUCUCUAAAUGCUGUGGGGGCCACGGUCACACCUCGCCGCAUCUCCUGGCGGCGGAGAAUAUUCCUGCAGGUAGCUUCACCUAUGAAUAAAUCUCCUUCCAAGAUGCAUCAUCCAGAUGGUCAUGAUGGAAGUGAAUUGUUACCAUUAUCACCUCUUGCUCCACCGCUGGAGGAGGAUCCUCUUGUUCUAGUAUUGCAAAAUGAGGAUGAUCCAGAUAAAACUGGAGAGAGAAGAAACUCAGAAGAACUACAAAGUCUGUGGAGAAAAGCUAUUCAUCAACAAAUUCUGUUGCUUCGAAUGGAAAAAGAAAACCAGAAGCUGGAAGCAAGCAGAGAUGAGCUCCAAUCAAGAAAAGUAAAACUGGACUAUGAUGAAGUUGGUACAUGUCAGAAAGAUGCUAUAAAUGUUUGGGAUAAGAAGUUAUUAAACUGUAGAGCUAAAAUCCGGUGUGACAUGGAAGAUAUUCAUUCCACUUUAAAAGAAGGUGUACCAAAAAGCCGUCGGGGAGAAAUUUGGCAGUUUUUGGCUGUGCAACAUCGAGUCAGACACAGGCUACCCAACAAGCAGCAGCCUCCUGACAUUUCUUACAAAGAACUUCUGAAGCAACUGACUGCUCAACAGCACGCCAUCCUUGUUGAUCUAGGACGGACAUUCCCUACGCAUCCUUACUUUUCUGCCCACCUGGGAGCAGGGCAGCUAUCACUCUUUAAUCUCCUGAAGGCAUACUCUUUGCUGGACAAAGAAGUGGGUUAUUGUCAAGGUAUAAGCUUUGUAGCUGGAGUGCUGCUUCUACAUAUGAGUGAAGAACAGGCCUUUGAAAUGCUGAAAUUCCUCAUGUAUGACCUUGGCUUCCGUAAACAGUACAGGCCAGACAUGAUGUCGCUACAGAUUCAGAUGUAUCAGCUCUCAAGGCUUCUUCAUGAUUAUCACAGAGACCUGUAUAAUCAUCUGGAAGAGAAUGAAAUCAGUCCCAGUCUUUAUGCUGCACCGUGGUUUCUUACACUGUUUGCAUCUCAGUUUCCAUUAGGAUUUGUAGCCAGAGUAUUUG